GAGAAUUUUUUGUUGACACGUUUGAUUUUGUUGUUUACAUUUGUUAAUCUCUUUGGAUUUGAUUAGUUGGUUUCUAAUUUCUUUAAUCACAAUGGUCGAUGAUGCCACUCGAAAGACUUUAACUAAUAUUCCACUAUUAAAGACGAAAGCGGGACCAAGAGAUAAAGAUCAGUGGCCACAAAGAUUAAAGGAAGAGUUCCAAUCGCUAAUCAAGUAUGUCCAACAAAAUAAAGACAAUGACAACGAUUGGUUUCGACUUGAGUCCAAUAAAGAUGGUACAAAAUGGUUUGGAAAAUGUUGGUAUAUCCAUGAGCUUUUGAGAUACGAAUUUGAGAUUGAAUUUGAUAUUCCUGUCACUUAUCCUACUACAGCUCCUGAAAUCGCUAUUCCUGAGUUAGAUGGUAAAACGGUGAAAAUGUAUCGAGGUGGAAAAAUUUGUUUAUCUGAUCAUUUCAAACCUUUGUGGGGCAAAAAUGUCCCAAAAUUUGGCAUCGCUCAUGCAAUGGCCUUAGGGCUUGGUCCAUGGUUAGCAGUUGAAAUUCCUGAUCUAAUCGAGCGAGGGAUUGUUGUUCAUAAAGAAAACCAAUCAUCAUCUUAAAUGAAAUUUAAUUGGAUUCAUUUAAUUAUCUCCACAGUUUAUCAACCAAAUCGCAAUCGAAAACAUUUGUUAUUCUACUUGGACAAUCUCCAUGUUUCCCAUGUCCAUGUGAAUUACAACAAAUCUACAGUAUCUUCAACAAAUAUUAUUAAUUUACGUUAAUUUCUUCUUUCUAAACAAUCAAAUUAAAUGUUGAUUCAAUUAACAAACAAGAAACAACAACAAAGUGUUUCCUGUUUCUCAGUUUCAAAUAUUUUCUUCCUUAAAAUCCACAUUUCUAUUAUUCUCUAAAAGUAUUUUCUCAUUGUAAUAGAGAAUCGAAAAUCAAUUGCUAUCAUUUAAUAAGAAUUAAA